AAGAACAGAGAACGAAGAGAGAGGAAAUUAAAGAGAGCAACAAGAGGGAGAAAGAGGAGAGAAAGCGAUUUCUUAGGGUUUUAGUGCAAUCGAACGUCGACAGCUAGGGUUUCUGUUCUUCUCCUUCAAUCGGCGGAGCCCUCCCUCUCUGCUUUGGUUCUCAUUUUCGUUUCGCGCCUGAAGAAGCUAGAGAGAGAAAGGGAGGAGAGAGAAAGAGAGGAGAGUGAGAGACGACGUAGAAAUUUGAAGGAUCAGAGAGAGAUCUCGUUGUCAGGGGGAAAUGAGGCUGUAUAUUUAGGUUAAAACUUAAAACUGGAGGAAUUUUGGAGGGAAAUAUUCUAUUUGCGUUGGUGAUUAGGGUUUUGGAGCAUUCUAAGAUAGAAUCGGGCUAUAAAUGGCAUCCCAAGGUAGUGUGGCAGUAGGAUCACAAGUUUGGGCUGAGGAUCCUAAAGUAGCUUGGAUAGAUGGGGAAGUAUUGGAGGUUGAUGGUGACAAAAUUAAGAUAAGAUGCAGUUCAGGAGAGAGGGUCACAGUUAAAGUGUCUAGCAUCUACCCUAAGGAUCCUGAUGCACCGGCGUGUGGUGUUGAUGAUAUGACAAAGCUUGCUUAUCUCCAUGAACCAGGAGUUUUACAGAACUUAAGAUCGAGAUAUGAAAUUAAUGAAAUCUAUACUUAUACUGGAAGUAUAUUGAUUGCUGUCAACCCAUUCCGAAGAUUGCCUCAUCUCUAUGACCCUCAGAUGAUGCAACAAUAUAAAGGGGCUGUAUUUGGUGAAUUAAAUCCACACCCUUUUGCUGUUGCAGAUGCUGCAUAUAGGGUAAUGAGAAACGAGGGCAUAAGCCAAUCCAUUCUAGUAAGCGGAGAGAGUGGAGCAGGUAAAACAGAAAGCACCAAGAUGCUUAUGCGUUAUCUUGCUUAUAUGGGAGGAACAGUUGCAGCUGAAGGGCGCACUGUGGAGCAGCAAGUCUUGGAGUCCAAUCCUGUUCUUGAAGCAUUUGGAAAUGCAAAGACUGUCAGAAACAAUAAUUCAAGCCGUUUUGGCAAGUUCGUAGAGAUUCAAUUCAACCAGAGGGGAAAGAUUUCAGGUGCUGCGAUCCGUACCUACUUGCUUGAGAGGUCUCGUGUCUGCCAAGUGUCUGAUCCUGAGAGAAAUUAUCACUGCUUUUACAUGCUUUGUGCUGCACCGCCUGAGGAUAUUCAGAAAUACAAAUUGGCAAAUCCUAGAACAUUUCAUUAUCUUAAUCAAUCAAACUUCUUUGAGCUUGAUGGCAUUGAUGACGCAAAGGAAUACCUGGAAACUAGAAGGGCUAUGGGUGUAGUCGGAAUCAGUUCUGAUGAGCAGGAUGCCAUUUUCCGAGUUGUUGCUGCUAUUCUUCAUUUAGGAAAUGUUGAAUUUGCAGAGGGAAAAGAAACAGAUUCGUCGGAGCCAAAAGAUGAAAAAUCUCGGUUUCAUUUAGAAACUGCUGCUGAGCUUUUCAUGUGUGAUGUAAAAGACCUUGAAGAUUCCUUGUGCAAGCGCAUCAUGGCGACACGUGAUGAGAGCAUAACAAAAUGUCUUGAUCCAGGAUCUGCGGUUCUUAGCAGAGAUGCCUUGGCUAAAACCGUAUAUUCUCAGUUGUUUGACUGGCUUGUGAACAAGAUCAAUAAUUCAAUCGGUCAAGAUCCUAAUUCAAAGCAAUUGGUUGGAGUUCUUGAUAUAUAUGGCUUCGAAAGUUUCAAGACAAACAGCUUUGAGCAAUUUUGUAUCAAUCUGACAAAUGAAAAACUGCAACAACAUUUUAAUCAGCAUGUUUUUAAAAUGGAGCAAGAGGAAUAUACCAAAGAAGAAAUCAACUGGAGUUAUAUUGAGUUCAUUGAUAACCAGGAUGUUCUUGAUCUCAUUGAAAAGAAACCGGGUGGCAUCAUCGCGCUUUUGGAUGAGACCUGUGUAUUACCAAGAUCAACAAAUGAAACGUUUGCUCAGAAGCUAUAUCAGACUUUUAAAGACAACAAACGCUUCAGCAAACCAAAACUGGCACGAUCUGACUUUACCAUCUGCCACUAUGCUGGUGAUGUCACAUAUCAAACAGAACUGUUCUUGGACAAGAACAAAGAUUAUGUUGUUGCAGAGCAUCAAUCUGUUUUAAAUGCUUCCAAGUGCUCCUUUGUAUCCAAUCUAUUCCCGCCUCCUUCCAACGAUUCAUCCAAAUCUUCAAAGUUUUCAUCAAUAGGUUCAAGAUUUAAGCAACAAUUGCAAUCUCUCCUUGAAACUCUAAAUGCGACAGAGCCACACUACAUUCGCUGUGUUAAACCAAAUAAUUUGCUGAAGCCAUCAAUUUUUGAGAAUAAUAAUGUUCUUCAACAACUUCGAUGUGGGGGUGUGAUGGAGGCAAUUAGGAUAAGCUGUGCUGGGUAUCCAACGAGACGGUCAUAUGAUGAAUUCAUAGACCGGUUUGGCAUCCUCUUACCUAAUGCAGUCAAAGGAAGUUCUGAUGAUGUCACUGUUUCAAAGAAGCUGCUGGAAGCAGCUGAACUUGAAGGCUAUCAGCUAGGGAAAACAAAGGUUUUUCUUCGGGCUGGUCAGAUGGCUGAACUGGAUGCUCUUAGGAAUGCUGUGUUGGGAAGAUCGGCUAGCAUCAUUCAAAGAAAAUUCUGCUCCUAUUAUGCUCGAAAACGUUUCAUUUUAAUGCAAAAAUCAGCUAUACAGCUUCAAGCUGUAUGCAGAGGACAACUUGCACGGGAUCUUUAUGAAAAUAUGUGCAGACAAGCUGCAUCUUUGAGGAUCCAAACAUAUUUCCGUAUGCAUUUUUCAAGGAAAACUUACAAAGAUCUGUAUUUUUCAUCCAUUGUUAUUCAAACUGGAUUUCGUGGGAUGGCUGCUCGUAAAGAACUUUACUUGAGGCGUCAAAGAAUAGCUGCAAUUACCAUUCAGAGUUGUUGCCGUCGGUACCUGGCACAAUUACAUUAUUCUAAGAUAAGAAAAUCAGCAAUCACUACACAAUGUGCUUGGAGAGGAAGGAUUGCUAGAAAAGAGUUACGAAAGCUUAAAAUGGCGGCAAAAGAAACCGGUGCUCUCCAAGCUGCCAAAACUAUGUUGGAGAAACAAGUGGAGGAACUUACAUGGCGGCUACAGCUGGAGAAGCGCAUCAGGGCUGACAUGGAGGAAGCUAAAACACAAGAAAAUGCAAAGUUGCAGUCUUCGCUGCAGGAGACGCUACUGCAGUUUAAAGAAACUAAAGACCUGCUGGUAAAGGAGCGAGAGGCUGCUAAAAAGGCUGCUGAAGAAGCUGUUCCCAUCAUAAAAGAGCUCCCUGUUGUUGAUACAGCUUUGAUUGAUCAAAUCACUGCUGAAAAUGAAAAGCUUAAGGAUUUGGUGAGUUCUCUUGAAAAGAAGAUUGAUGAAACUGAGAAAAAGUAUGAAGAGACAUCCAAAGUUAGUGAAGAAAGGCUUAAGCAGGCUUUGGAGGCUGAAUCAAAGAUACGCGACCUGAGCAGUGCGAUGCAAAGGCUUCAAGAAAAAUUAUCUAAUUUGGAAACUGAAGAUAGAAUUCUUCGGCAACGCAUGUCUGCACAUUUAUCACAUGCACCUUCUGGAAAAAAUAAUUUGGAGAAUGGUCAUCAUCUUGCUGAUGAACAUAAGGAUCCUCAUAGUGCACCUCCUGCUACUAAGAGUUAUGGAAAAUCUGAUUCUAGGUUGAGGAGAUCCCAUGUUGAUUCACAACCUGUGUUUUCUACACCGGAGAAUGUUGAUGCCCUUCUCAAUUGUGUUGUUCAAAAUAUUGGGUUUAGUGAAGGAAAACCAGUGGCUGCAAUUACCAUAUACAAAUGUCUGCUUCAUUGGAGGUCCUUUGAAGCUGAAAGAACUAGUGUAUUUGAUCGACUUAUUCAGAUGAUUGGUUCUGAGAUUGAGCAGGAGGAAAUGAACGACCAUCUUUCUUAUUGGCUGUCAAAUGCAUCUACUUUACUGUUCAUACUGCAGAAAAGUGUUAAAGCUGCAGGUAUUGGGAGACCUCCCCAACCGACAUCACUGUUUGGGAGAAUGACUCAAAGCUUCCGAAUGUCUUCAUCUUCAAACCUUCCUUUUGAUGCUCUGAGCGUUGUACGCCAUGUUGAAGCCAAGUACCCUGCUUUGCUUUUCAAAGAACAGCUCACAGCUUAUGUGGAGAAGAUAUUCGGAAUGAUCCGUGAUAAUACAAAAAAGGAGAUUGCUCCCUUAAUUUCUCUCUGUAUUCAGGCGCCAAGAACCACAAAAGCGAACACGUUGAGAGGAUCUGGGAAAUCGUUUGGCAAUCAAGGUCAAAGUCCCUGGCGGACCAUUACAGAGAGCUUGAAUAAACUUUUACAUACCUUACAAGAAAACUUUGUGACUGCAGCUCUUAUUCAAAAAAUAUUUCCUCAGCUUUUCUCCUUCAUCAACGUACAACUCUUUAACAGUCUUCUUCUACGUCGUGAGUGUUGCUCCUUCAGCCAUGGAGAAUACAUAAAGUCAGGUUUAGCAGACUUGGAGCUAUGGUGUGGACAAGCAACAGCAGAGUAUGCUGGUUCGUCCUGGGAUGAACUUAAACACACGAGGCAAGCUGUGGGCUUCUUGGUGAUAUUUCAGAAAUAUCGGAUUUCCUAUGGCGAUAUAGUCAAUGAUCUGUGCCCAAUAUUGAGUGUGCAACAGCUUUAUCGAAUUUGCACCCAGUACUGGGAUGACAAGUAUAAUACUCAAAGUGUUUCCACCGAUGUUCUUUCCAGAAUGAGGAUAUUAAUGACUGAGGAUAAUAAUGAUGCAGAAAGCAGUUCCUUCUUACUGGAUGAGAUCUCUAGCAUACCCUUCUCAAUCGAGGACAUAGGGAGUACUGUACAAGAGAAGGAUUUUAGGGAUGUGCCUCCAUUAACUGAGCUUCUCGAGAACCCAGCUUUCCAAUUUUUACAGGAAUAAAGCUCGAGCAGUUCUUGAUUUGUUUCAAUUCUAUCGGCCAUUGCCUCCGAAGUAUUCUUAAGUGUUGUAUAUCCAUUUGUUUUCAUUGGAAAAUAUGGUGUAAAUUUAUUCUGUUGCUUAGAAUUAGAAUUGGAAAUCAUUUAGGGGCCAGUUUUUGUGGGAUUGGGCUGAAUAUUUGCUCUUUCUCUCAUAGAAUAGUUUUUUUUUUAUCCUCCCCUCUUCCAUUCUUUGUAGAUAAGUUCAUAAAUUAUGUAAUAGCCAGUUAUAGGGGUUCAUUGGAGAAAAGGGUCCAGAAAAUCCCCCUUCUUCUUGUAAAGUAAUUGAGUGUUGUAAAGAAAUCAGAAUCAUAAGAGCAGAUACUUAAAUAGAAUGCCUUCUGUAUUUUUAUAGGCCA